CGCUAUGGCUGUGAAAAGUUUCCUGAGAGAAAACAGAAAAGAGCGACUCUGUGGCUGAGACGCGCUUCUGACUAGAUGGAGGCGGACCUGAGGCUCGAGUCCACUUUAUGGGUCGGGACUAAGAGGUACCGGGCCGUCCUGACGGGCUGGCACCUCAACUGGACCGAGGUGGACAAGAAGAACCGGGACAAGAGAACAAUUUCAGUACCUGUAGCCGAGGUGGUUGGAGUGGAGGAGGGCCGGGUGGAGGUCCUGCCCCACAAGUCAGUCGAGGACACGGACAAAGACUUCACAGUUUUCUACGUGAAGCGCAGCAGCAGUGGGAGCUCUCAUGGGUUUCUAUGGCGACUGGGCCGGACCCAGUUCAGCUGCCCCAGUCGGGUCCUCAGAGACCAGUGGACCAAACACCUGAGGGCUGCUGUCAAAACUCACAGUCCGUUGCGUCCAAAGAGGCUGUUGGUGUUCAUCAACCCGUUCGGAGGGAAGCAGAAAGGAAGAGAGAUCUACCACUCUCUGGUUGCUCCUCUGUUUGAGCUGGCUGGUAUCAGCUCUCAUGUCAUAGUGACUGAGCGGGCAAACCAGGCCAGAGAUCACCUGCUGAAGAAAGACCUGACAGGUUUUGACGGAGUGGCGUGUGUGGGUGGAGAUGGCAUGUUCAGCGAAAUACUCCACGGUCUGAUUGGGCGGACACAACAAGAGGCCGGCCUUUGUGAGAAUGAUCCCACUGUCUCCCUGCAGCCCUGUCCGCUUCACAUCGGCAUCAUCCCUGCAGGUUCUACUGACUGUGUGUGUUACGCCACAGUGGGAGUGAUCGACCCUGUUACUUCAGCUUUGCACAUCAUCAUCGGAGACUCUCAGCCUCUGGAUGUGUGUUCGGUCCAUCAGCCGGCAGCUCGCGUGCGUUACUCCGUGUCUCUGCUGGGUUACGGUUUCUAUGGCGACGUGUUAGCUGAGAGUGAGAAACACAGAUGGAUGGGACCUCUCAGAUACGACUAUUCAGGCACCAUGGUUUACCUGAGCAACAGAAGCUAUGCAGGCAUAGUUCAGUAUCUCCCCGCAGACCCGCUGCUCUCCAGCCCCCGGGACCGAACACGCUGCCUCUCAGGGUGCAGUGUGUGCUCCAGAAGCACAGAGAGACUUUUCCCCCACUCAUCAGACUCUGGCUCCCUGUACAGCUCCCAGCUCAGCCAGUUCAGCAGUGACUCAGAAGGUGAGUGGGUGAGUGUGGAGGGCCGGUUCAGGUGUGUGUCCAUCACCUGUAUGUCCAGCUCGUGUCCCAAGAGUCCUCUGGGUCUGUCCCCCUCUGCUCACCUGGCGGACGGGACGGGGGACCUCAUCCUGGUGUGGGACACCCACCCACUGGGCUUCCUCAAGUUCCUCUACAGACACACAAGCACACAGGACCAGUUUGAUCUGCCGUUUGUGGAGGUCCACCGUGUGAAAGCCGUCCGGUUCUCGCUCUCCCCUGGAAAAGAGGAGGAGGAGGAGGAGGAGAUCAGAGGGCAGCAGGGUGUCGGGACAGACGAGGUGGAGAGAGACUUCGUAGAGACGGUGAGCAGGAACGGAUCCCAGCAGCAUCUAGCAGAGAGAAACACAGACACGAGACAUGAGCAGAAAGCAGCGAACCCCUUUAUCUGUGGUCUGUGCUGCAGUAAACCUCCCGCUGUCUCCGUCUGGAACUGUGACGGAGAGAUCCUGUCCUCCACAGAGAUCCUCUGCAGGGUUCACGGGCAGCUGGUGCGUCUGUACGCUCGCGGCAUCGAGGACGGAGCCGCCGGCAACGACUGCAGCGAACAAAACGACAACAAGGAGACGCAGAAAUAGUUUCACCUCGACUCUGAAGGGAGACGUGGAGGUGUUACAGCAGGGCUAGUUGGUAACUUCAGGGCCAAAUAGUUCCUCAUGUUUCAGGCACUUAGUCAUGUUUUUUCACUGUAAUAAUGAACACAAAACUAUUUAUUCUUUAAUGAGUGUGCGUUUGUCAAAUACUUCUACUAAAAACAUUAAAA